GCGCCAGUCCCGCUCCGCGCCGCGCCGCUACGCUCCGGCUCUGGCUCGGCUCUGGCUCGGCUCUGGCUCCGGCUCCGGCGGCGGCGCCCCCAGCGCGGGGCCCCGGUGCAGGCGGCGGCGCACCAUGGCCCGCGCCCAGGCUCUUGUCCUGGCGCUCACCUUCCAGCUCUGCGCGCCCGAGACCGAGAUUCCGGCAGCUGGCUGCACCUUCGAGGAGGCGACUGACCCAGCAGUGCCCUGUGAGUACAGCCAGGCCCAGUAUGAUGACUUCCAGUGGGAACAAGUGCACAUCCACCCUGGCACCCGGGCUCCUGCGGACCUGCCCCACGGCUCCUACUUGAUGGUCAAUGCUUCCCAGCAUGCCCCAGGCCAGCGAGCCCACAUCAUCUUCCAGAGCCUGAGUGAGAAUGAUACCCACUGUGUGCAGUUCAGCUACUUCCUGUACAGCCGCGAUGGGCACAGCCCGGGCACCUUGGGCAUCUAUGUGCGCGUCAAUGGGGGUCCCCUGGGCAGUGCUGUCUGGAAUAUAACUGGAUCCCAUGGCCGUCAGUGGCACCAGGCUGAACUGGCUGUCAGCACCUUCUGGCCCAAUGAAUAUCAGGUGCUGUUUGAGGCCCUCAUCUCCCCAGACCGCAGGGGCUACAUGGGCCUAGAUGACAUCCUGCUUCUCAGCUACCCCUGUGCAAAAGCCCCGCACUUCUCCCGCCUGGGCGACGUGGAGGUCAACGCUGGCCAGAAUGCCUCGUUCCAGUGCAUGGCGGCGGGCAGAGCGGCCGAAGCGGAGCGCUUCCUUCUGCAGCGGCAGAGCGGGGCGCUGGUGCCCGCGGCCGGCGUGCGGCACAUCAGCCACCGGCGCUUUCUGGCCAUCUUCCCGCUGCCCGCCGUGGGCCGCUCCGAGCAGGACCUGUACCGCUGCGUGUCCCAGGCCCCGCGCGGCGCAGGCGUCUCCAACUUCGCAGAGCUCAUCGUCAAGGAGCCCCCCACCCCCAUCGCGCCCCCGCAGCUGCUGCGCGCGGGUCCCACCUACCUCAUCAUCCAGCUUAACACCAACUCCAUCAUUGGCGACGGGCCGAUAGUACGCAAGGAGAUCGAGUACCGCAUGGCGCGCGGCCCGUGGGCCGAGGUGCACGCCGUCAGCCUGCAGACCUACAAGCUGUGGCACCUCGAUCCCGACACCGAGUAUGAGAUCAGCGUGCUGCUCACACGCCCGGGGGAGGGAGGCACCGGCCGCCCUGGGCCGCCCCUGGUCAGCCGUACCAAAUGCGCAGAGCCAAUGAGGGCCCCCAAAGGCCUGGCUUUCGCUGAGAUCCAGGCCCGUCAGCUGACCCUGCAGUGGGAACCGCUGGGCUACAAUGUGACACGUUGCCACACCUACACUAUGUCCCUCUGCUAUCACUACACCCCGGGCAGCGGCCACAACCAGACCAUCCGGGAGUGUGUGAAGAUGGAGCGGGGUGUCAGCCGCCACACCAUCAAGAAUCUGCUGCCUUACCGGAAUGUUAACGUGCGUCUUGUCCUCACUAACCCUGAGGGUCGCAAGGAGGGCAAGGAGGUCACCUUCCAGACGGAUGAAGACGUGCCUGGAGGUAUUGCAGCCGAGUCCCUGACCUUCACGCCACUGGAGGACAUGAUUUUCCUCAAGUGGGAGGAGCCCCAGGAGCCCAAUGGCCUCAUCACUCAGUAUGAGAUCAGCUACCAGAGCAUUGAGUCAUCAGACCCUGCUGUGAAUGUCCCGGGCCCGCGACGUACUAUUUCCAAGCUCCGCAAUGAGACCUACCACGUCUUCUCCAACCUACACCCAGGCACCACCUACCUGUUCUCUGUGCGGGCACGCACGGGCAAAGGCUUUGGCCAGGCAGCACUCACUGAGAUCACCACCAACAUCUCAGCUCCUAGCUUUGAUUAUGCUGACAUGCCAUCACCCCUGGGCGAGUCUGAGAACACCAUCACCGUGCUGCUGAGGCCGGCACAGGGCCACGGUGCGCCCAUCAGUGUGUACCAGGUGAUUGUGGAGGAGGAGCGGCCACGGAGGCUGCGGCGGGAGCCAGGCAGUCAGGACUGCUUCCCAGUGCCUCUGACCUUCGACACCGCACUGGCCCGCGGCUUGGUGCACUACUUUGGUGCCGAACUGAUGGCCAGCAGUCUGCCUGAGGCUAUGCCCUUCACCGUGGGUGACAACCAGACCUAUCGUGGCUUCUGGAACCCACCACUUGAGCCCAGGAAGGCUUACCUCAUCUACUUCCAGGCAACAAGCCACCUGAAGGGGGAGACCCGGCUGAAUUGCAUCCGCAUUGCCAGGAAAGCUGCCUGCAAGGAAAGCAAGCAGCCCUUGGAGGUGUCGCAGAGGUCGGAGGAGAUGGGACUCAUCCUGGGCAUCUGUGCUGGGGGCCUUGCUGUCCUCAUCCUCCUGCUGGGGGCCAUCAUUAUCAUCAUCCGCAAGGGGAGGGACCACUAUGCCUACUCCUACUACCCGAAGCCAGUGGGCAUGACCAAGGCCACCGUGAACUCCCGCCAGGAGAAGACGCACAUGAUGAGCGCCGCAGACCGGAGCUUCACGGACCGGAGCACCCUGCAGGAGGACGAACGGCUGGGCCUCUCCUUCGUGCAGGCCCACGGCUACAGCCUCCGUGGGGAUCAGCGCAGCGGUGGGGUCACUGAGGCCAGCAGCCUCCUGGGGGGCUCUCCGCAGCGUCCGUGUGGCCGGAAGGGCUCCCCAUACCACACGGGGCAGCUGCAUCCUGCGGUGCGUGUGGCCGACCUCCUGCAGCACAUCAACCAGAUGAAGACAGCUGAGGGCUACGGCUUCAAGCAGGAGUAUGAGAGCUUCUUUGAAGGCUGGGAUGCCACAAAGAAGAAAGACAAGGGCAAGAGCGGCCGGCAGGAGCCCAUGCCUGCCUAUGAUCGGCACCGAGUGAAACUCCACCCGAUGCUGGGAGACCCUGAUGCCGACUAUGUUAACGCCAACUACGUGGAUAUUCGGAUAAACCGUGAAGGUUACCACAGGUCAAACCACUUCAUAGCCACUCAAGGGCCGAAGCCCGAGAUGGUCUACGAUUUCUGGCGCAUGGUGUGGCAGGAGCACUGCUCCAGCAUUGUCAUGAUCACCAAGCUGGUGGAGGUGGGCAGGGUUAAAUGCUCGCGGUACUGGCCAGAGGACUCGGACAUGUAUGGGGACAUCAAGAUCACGCUGGUGAAGACGGAGACUCUAGCUGAGUAUGUCGUGCGCACCUUUGCCCUGGAGCGGAGAGGCUACUCUGCCCGGCACGAGGUCCGCCAGUUCCACUUCACAGCUUGGCCAGAGCAUGGCGUCCCCUACCAUGCCACAGGGCUGCUGGCCUUCAUCCGGCGUGUGAAGGCCUCCACCCCACCUGGUGCUGGGCCCAUUGUCAUCCACUGCAGCGCGGGCACUGGCCGCACAGGUUGCUAUAUCGUUCUGGAUGUGAUGCUGGACAUGGCAGAAUGUGAGGGCGUUGUGGACAUUUACAACUGCGUGAAGACCCUCUGCUCCCGGCGCGUCAACAUGAUCCAGACUGAGGAGCAGUAUGUCUUCAUCCACGAUGCAAUCCUGGAGGCCUGCCUGUGUGGGGAGACCACCAUCCCUGUCAGCGAGUUCAAGGCCACCUACAAGGAGAUGAUCCGCAUUGAUCCACAGAGUAAUUCCUCCCAGCUGCGGGAAGAGUUCCAGACCCUAAACUCAGUCACACCACCCCUGGAUGUGGAGGAGUGCAGUGUUGCCCUGCUGCCACGGAACCGAGACAAGAACCGCAGCAUGGACGUCCUGCCACCUGACCGCUGCCUGCCCUUCCUCAUCUCCACCGAUGGGGACCCCAACAACUACAUCAAUGCUGCCCUGACUGACAGCUACACACAGAGCGCGGCCUUCAUCGUGACCUUGCACCCACUGCAGAGCACCACAGCGGACUUCUGGCGGCUGGUCUACGAUUACGGGUGCACCUCUGUUGUCAUGCUCAACCAGCUGCACCAGUCCAACACUGCCUGGCCAUGCCUGCAGUACUGGCCAGAGCCGGGCCGGCAGCAGUAUGGCCUUAUGGAAGUAGAGUUCGUGUCUGGUUCAGCGGAUGAAGACUUGGUGGCCCGUGUCUUCCGGGUGCAGAACAUCUCUCGGCUGCAGGAGGGGCACCUGCUGGUGCGGCACUUCCAGUUCCUGCGCUGGUCUGCUUACCGUGACACGCCUGACUCCAAGAAGGCCUUCCUGCACCUGCUGGCCGAGGUGGACAAGUGGCAAGCGGAGAGUGGGGAUGGGCGCACUGUUGUGCACUGCCUAAACGGGGGUGGCCGCAGCGGCACCUUCUGCGCCUGCGCCACGGUUCUGGAGAUGAUUCGCUGCCACAGCCUGGUGGACGUUUUCUUUGCUGCCAAAACGCUUAGGAACUACAAGCCCAAUAUGGUGGAGACCCUGGAUCAAUACCACUUUUGCUAUGAUGUGGCCCUGGAGUACUUGGAGGGGCUGGAGUCAAGAUAGCAGGGGCCUCUGGCCUGGGACACCCACUGUGCACUCAGGGCCAGGCCUACCAUCCUGGACUGAUGAGGAAGACCUGCGCCCCAACUCUGCUCCACCACAGCUCCCACAGGGAGAGCGCUGGAGUGGGCACUGACCACCCGGGUACCCCCUUCCGCUGUGGGCAGGGCCUCUCACUGUGUGCCGGGGCAGCCUGUAGGCCAAGGAGGAGUUUAGCAAGACUGCAGCCCAGCCUACCUCCAUGGGGUCCUGCAGCCCUGUGCUGGGAGGCCUGGCACUGCCUGGCAGGGUAACGGGGGCUCAAAACUGCCACUCUGGAGGACCAAUGCCCAAUCCCUUUGACUCUGUCCCAGCCCUUGGCAGAGAGGAGUGAGGCCUUGCAGAGUGUGUGCCAGGCCAAGGUUUCUACCAAGCGUGGCUCCCUCUGGACAUGGGCGGAGAGUGCACUGGGGCUUGGCAUCUAGAGACCCAUCUGGCCCAGCCCAUGGGGGGAUUGGGCUCUGCUGUGAUUUGUCAGUGGACACAUCAGACUGGUCAUCCCCAGGGGUAACUACGCCCUGUCCUCCACCCUGCUGACCCCCUUCCGCACCCAGGGCUAUUUUGUUAUGAUCUCUCCCACUUCUGCUUCACUGAUGUGUGCUCUGAGCCUCCCUGGACCAGGAUCUGCCCAUCCCUCCCUUGCCUGACACAAUGUCUACAGAAUGAAGUCACUUCAGCCCUCACUUCCUGUAACUUUGAGGUCUCACUGGCAGGUCCUGCUCAGCCUGGGCCAGUGAUAAUCUGCAACGUUGAAUGAUAGCCCUUGGGGUUGAGGUCCCUGUGGCUCCUGAUUAGGCUGCCCGGUGUGGAUAGGGAAUUGCUAGAUCAGCGGUGCUGGCAACCCCUAGAAUUCAGAGGAACGUGUAUUUUGGGAUGGAGGAUUAAUACUUCUUUAUUUUGUUAUUUUUCGAUGGGUGGGUGGGAAGAUCUCUUUUAAAUGGGGCAGGCCACACCCCCAUUCUGUGCCUCAAUUUCCCCAUCUAUAAACUGUAGAUAUGACUACUGACCUACCUCGCAGGGGGCUGUGGGGAGGCAUAAGCUGAUGUUUGUAAAGUGCUUUGUAAAUAAACAUGCUCUCUGAAUGCCACAGA